AUGAAUUACACUGAAGAUAAAACUGCCAACAACACGAAUUUUGCUGUUGUGGGCAUGAUGCCUGCCUUCUCUUGGAAGGAAGAUGAAGAGGAACAUUUUUUUAAUGAAUCAGAGAUCCAAGAAGGCAUUGAUAAAGUAAAAGGCUUGAUUGAAUCGGAAGAUCCAGCAAUAGUUCUUUUGGUGGGAAUGGUGUUGGGCUUAUACUGGUUUGGCCGUGGAGUCGAGUGUGGACCUUUGGUAGUUGAAGAUGAUGAGGAUAGAAUGUACUAUUUGCUUCCUUCAACUACCCCAAACCCCACUUAUUCGGCUGCCCGAAUUCGUGAAGAGUUUAUACGUUGUGGGGAGUACUUACACCAGCAUGAAUAA